GUCCUACUUCGUUGCUUGAGGAAGUAGGCACCAGGAAGUAACUUGAACUUCUUUUACUUGAACAUCCGAACGGGCUUUCGGCAGCACCCCGCAAUAUUCCGCCUGAACCGGCGUAAUCAAUUUUUGUAACAGCUGCCGCACUAAAAUUCUACCUCGCUAGAGGCGCCCGGGAGGAUGCGGGAGCUCACGCUAGGCUCGCUCUCGGCGCCGACCCUUACUAGCAUCAGCACUGCACUAGUAAUUCCGUUUCCUGACUGGUGGAAGAAGGCUGAACAGAACGAGGCUUUUCAGACCUACAGCAACUAUGGGAUAGGCGCGGCAUACGGGCUCAUCGGCCUUGUCGCUUUCGUACAACUGCUGCGGCUGCAGCUGCGCGUGCCAGAGUAUGGCUGGACCACCCAGAAGGUGUUCCACCUUCUAAACUGCUUGGUGUCUGUGCUGCGCUGCUCGGUGUUCUUCUUCCGGCCAGCUCUUGAGGGACUGCACCCUGUGGUCACUAAGCUGAUGCUGCUGGACUUGCCUGGCCUGCUCUUCUUCACCACCUACACGCUCCUGGUCCUCUUCUGGGCGGAGAUUUACCAGCAGGCACGCAACCUGCCGGCCGCUGCACUGCGGCCAACCUUCCUCAUCAUCAACAUCGUGGUCUACGCUGUGCUGGCGGGCCUGUGGGCGCUGAACGCAUUCGGCCGCACCGGUGACAUCCAGGAGCUGGCCUACACCGUGUCAAACCUGUGGCUGGCAGCCGUGUUCCUGGCAGCUGCCGCCGGCUUCCUGCUGUACGGCGGUCGCUUGUUCGUGAUGCUGCAGCGGUUCCCCAUUGAGAGCCGCGGGCGGCGGAAGAAGCUGCGCGAGGUGGGACUGGUCACGUCCAUCUGCGCCGGCUGCUUCACGUUCAGGGCUCUGAUGAUCGCCACGGCCGCCGUGGACCGCGACGACCUGGAGGUGGACAUGCUGGGCCACCCGCUGCUCAACAUCGCCUACUACGGCCUGGCAGAGAUCCUGCCCUCCGCCGCGGUGCUCUACAUCCUGCGCAAGCUGCCGCCCAAGCGGCAGAACGCGCAGGGCUACCAGCAGAUCCCCUCGCAGUAGCCGCAGAAAGGUGGCGGCGGCGGCAGCAGCAGCGGCGAUUAAUGGAGCGAGGUGGAGCGCUGGUGGCGGCGGUUGGGUUGGAGGCAGCGGCAGCAGCUGGCGCGGCGGGCAUAAGUAGGAGGACUGGCCGUGAAGAUGAGAGCGAAGGGGAAGCGAAGGGGAAGGUUUUGUGCUCCGCAGCGACGUCAGUGGUGUCGGUUGCUGCGCCAGCUUCCAGCCAGCACCGGCAGCGUGAGGUGCGGCGCCGGAGCAGGGCGGCUGCUGACUGCAGUCAGCAGGCUUGCGUCGCAGGUGUGGCCGAGCGUGCUUUUGCCGGAUGGAAGACAGCAUUGUUGUGCUGUCAUACUGCUGGGUCGCUUGCUGGGGCGAUAGCUUGCAUUGACCGGCCUGGUGCAAGCAGUGAAGCAGCCCGUGGCUGUGGACGUACGCAGCGAUGGCAGCAGCAACAGCCAGUUCGACAGAAGGCGACCUGCAGGAGCGGCGUUGACGAAGCGGUUGUAGGCGCGCUGCGGCAUAGCCGCAUGCUUACGGACGCCAGGGCCCUUUCUUGUUGUCUUAGAUACCCUGAAGCACAUGGGGUGAUGGGGGCGGCAUGCCACGAAUACCACCCGGGGCACCUGCAGUGAGUUGGCCAGUGGAUGCGCACGGUGUCAGCGGCCAGUGGAUUGGCGUGAAGUCAGAUUUUGCGCUACGAAGUUGUGCUGUAGAUUUGCAAAGCACUGACAUGGAGGAUUUUUGGGUGCGAAGCCCCCCAUCCGUGGCUGGUGGCUGCGUGCGUCGGCAAAACGUAUAGAAUAAUAAUAGAAUAGCAUAUGGUUUUACAGGUCUCUGUAUGAAAGAGGUUAUGAUUGUUAGCGACGUGCGGAAGUUAGCUGCUUUCCUUUACUCGGCUCACACAACUCGCAACAGCCAGUUGCGAAUUCUGUCAUAGGAUUAGCUGUUUGGCUAUCAGGCGCCUCCGGACUCAGAAGAGUUAGUGGGGCCGCAUGGACUCCGACGCCAUGUAAAUGCUCAUGCUC